UAGGACGAUGUGUACAUGGAUACUGAGUAUGUGCAAUUCUUAAAAACGCGCCAAGCAGUGGGUGAUUCUACACUUCCCCCCAAAAUAAUUUAAUAAUUUCAGAUAAGUCUCUGACAGAAAAUCAUGUCUCUGACAGAAAAUCAUGAGACUGCCAGUUCUUAUGCAACAACAUUGUACAUUAUGGAAGAUAUACCAUGUAUAUGUAACGUCAACAAACCUGCCAUGAAAGUGUUAAAAUUAAGAAGUGGACUUUGCUAUAGAAAAGUCACUUGCGUUCGUAGCAGUGUUUAUAUGGAGGCAGCGAUUAACUGUAGAGAACAGUAAUCUGUUUGAUGCGAGUGCCAAAUAAUGUGCAUUAGAAAUCUAAAUACCUGUGUUGCUGAAAAUAAUCUAAAUACCUGCUGAUGUUGAAAAUAUACUUCCUUGCCAAACAGCAUGAAUAGUUUGGCUGCUGCCUGUUAACACCAAAAUAUGUUGGAGCAUUUUGAACUAAUUAGUUCAAACUAAAAGUAUAGCUUGUCAUGAAAGAAUAAAAUGUAUAGAGGUUUGAUAUACUGUAAUAUUUUCAAAUAAGAAAAUUAUAGACGAAGCAUUCACGUUAAGAAUUAUUCAAAGGAUGAUAGAAAGAUGAUUUACUGUUGCUACUAAAAAUAGGAAGCCUUUAUCAUUGAGGUAUAUAUUGAAGUGUCCGAAAAUAUAUGCUGAAAUGGCAAGCUUGUUGAGAUUCUGUCAAUCCUUGAGGAAUUUUCCAAGUUUUAAUUUUUUGCACAACAGUAUAUUAUGUACUGGAAAAUUAUUUGCUAAAAAAGUGGAGAUCCCAAGAAUGCUAAGCAGUGCUGUAUUUGCAAGUAAGCAUCUAUUUCCUGGUUCUGAUGAGUCAUUGCUGAAAAUAGCUAAUACUUGCAUUUAUACCCAGCAAAGAGGAUUUAUAUAUAAAAAAGCAAGUGAAGAUCGUCAACUUUACUUUAUACACUAUGCAAAGCCUAAAAAAAGAACAAAAAGAAGGCACCCACUUGACAGUAAACCUCAAAUGAAAGGAGUUGUUCUUAGAACACUGGUAAAAAAACCUAAAAAACCCAAUUCUGCAAAUCGAAAGUGUGUGCGUGUUCGUCUGUCCAAUGGAAAAGAGGCUACAGCAUAUGUUCCUGGUGAAGGACAUAAUUUACAAGAACAUAAUGUUGUACUUGUUAGAUUUGGGCGUGUGAAAGAUGUACCUGGUCUAAGACUCAAAGUUAUUCGAGGGAAAUAUGACUGCCCUCAUGUAGUGAAGAAAACGGCUCCUAUUCGUACUUAAUAUAGUAUAAACAGCAUUUGUAUCUUUGCAUUUUGUUAGCAUGAUCUAUUAUUAAAGAUUCAUUUAAAAAUUCAGAA